CUUCUGUUUCCAUUCGACUCGUGUUCCUCUCCACUAGACUGCCUCUUCAGUUUGUUGUCCCUUCCCAUAUCUUGGUCGCUGAGACAUGUUUCGCACGGCAAAUCCCAGUCCAGCAGGACACUCGUCCCUGGGUGGCCGUCACUCGGGACUGGCUACCCCCGGGGGAGUGGACCGACACGCUACAGGCUCCUCUAGGCCUACUGGUGUCAAGCGCUACCCGAACCGCCUCAACUUCUACAACAAGCCACCAACGCUGGAGGUGACCAUCGAUGAAUUUGAGGGAUGGGCGAUUGACAGACUAAGAGUGCUCGCCGAAAUCGAGUCAUGUCAGGCUCGCAAUAGGCCUUGGACUGAGCUCAAGACUCUUGUUGGUCAGCAGAUGAACAAGUACCUGCCGUUGAGCGCGACGAGCGCGAUCAGGACGGGUGUGGAUGUAGAAAAGGAGAGGCUGAGAGAUCACGUCAGUCACUUUGUCCUCCGGUUGGCAUUCUGCAAGAGCGAGGACCUACACCGCCGCUUUGUCAGAGCAGAGUCCAUUCUGUUCCGCCUUCGCUUCGAGUCAGACGACUCAGCGGAGAGGGAGCACUUCCUGAACACCCUCAAUCUCAAGUGGGACAGCGUGACAAGUCAGGAGAAAGAGGCCUUCAAGGAACAGCUGCUAGCCGUAACGCCGUGGCUCAGCUCGACUUGGGCAUCGGAAGGCUUCUUCAAGGUGCCCUGGACAAAGGUCUUGGAUCUCGUGGAGAAGCGUAAAGUCUUCCUCCGAGGAGGUGUAGCAUGGGUGCCUAUGCGAGAGCAGGCGAGUCUGGUAUUUGCCGAAUUCUCCAAUCGGCUGAACAAGGAACUCGAGUAUACUGCCCGAUCACUGCCACGCCUCGAUGAAGACGACCGUCUGCUGCCCCUGCUCUCCCACCUCUCUUUGGGCUUCUUGGCCGGUGUGUCCUCUGACUACAAUUCCACGUCUACCUCGCUGGUUGGCGAAGAUGGAGAGGCGAUUCAAAUUCGAGCCGAGAUGGUCAACGCUCUCAUCAAGAAGCACGCUCCGAUGUGUAUGCGCCAGUUGGGACAGACGCUUGAGGAGAGAAAGCAUCUCAAGUAUCAGGGACGUAUGCAGUUCGGCCUUUUCCUCAAGGAGAUGGGCGUCACGAUAGAGCAAGCCCUCGUCUUCUGGAGGAGAUCAUUCGCCAACAUGACCGACGACAAAUUUACAAAGGAGUACAAGUACAACAUUCGACACAAUUACGGUCUGGAGGGAAAACGGGUGGACUACCCAGCUCGGUCCUGCGCUAGGAUCAUCACCCAAGACACGCCUGGACCUCAGGACAACCACGGUUGCCCAUUCCGACACUACUCUCCUCAGAAUCUGAGCGCUUCCCUCUCAUCGACCUAUCAGCUCAAUAGCCAGCAGUCUUCUGAGAUUCUCGCAAGCGUCAAAGCAGGACACUAUCACGUCGCCUGCACCCGUCUAUUCGAGAUCACUCACAAGGUCCAAAAGGGCAAGGGACUGGACGGCAAUGGUGAGAGCGUCUCGCAUCCGAAUCGCUACUUUGAGAAGAGCUGGAAAAUUGAGCACGAGGGCGGUGCUGGCGAUGAUCUGAAGAUGGAAGAUGAAGAGGAGAGCGCUGCUGGUGCCUCGCUCGUUGAGGACGACGAUGCGAGCAAGCCAAAGUGGACAAAGGCCGCUCUGAGCAGUACGCCCUCCUCCAGUCGAUCCAUCUUCAAGCAGGAGCAGGUAGACAGUGCCUCCUUCCACAGUGCCAACAGACCCUAUGCCCGUCCCAAUGGCGCCAACGCUGGUGGACCUUCUUCCUCGGCCGGAACAGCAACUUCAGCAGCCAUCAAUGUAGACGACGAGUUUGACGAGUUUGGAGAUGAGGGAGAUGUCGGAUUGGACCUGGACGCUCUGGACCAGGCUGAGCAAGCCUUUCUGCAGCGUCAGCAGAGCAGUGGGGAGAAGUCAACUCAAUCUUCCUCGGUAGCUGUAGAACAGGGGGAAGGCUCGCAGUCUCAGACGGUGACCGAGACGGAGACAGAGACAGAGGCCGAGAAGAGUCAGCAAGAGACAGCAGAGAAGGGAGAUGAGAUGGAGGUGGAUGACUCGUGAGAUGAAACAUCUGUUUUGCAAGUUUUGGAGAUCACCCUUACCCAGCACUCGCUCUACCUUCCCGUACGCAUUGGCAUCGUGUUCACGCCCCUCAUGUCGCUUUCCUGUUGUUACAAUUGAAUUUACAUGUGCAUACCGAACAGCGUCUGUCAUUGUGUCAAUCUGACAGACCAUCCUCGUCAAAGCUUGUCUCAUCGCCCACAUCCCGACUACGCUUGCCCAGUUGAGAUCCUUGUCUGGUGGAGUCUUCGAGGCUUGUCUCGUCUCUGUCUUCUGCGUCUUCCUCUUCUCUGCUCUCCUCUUCCUCGCGUUCUACUGACCCUUCGUCUAAGUCGAGAGGUGCGAUCAGAAAUUCGAGAAAGCCAUGCCCUUGUACCGCACUAGCUAG